UGGUGUCUCUUCGAUCUGUUGGUUGAAAGAUGUCGAAAUCAAACAAAUCAACUCCUAAGAAAGUUUCCAGAUCAACAACGACUAUAUCACAAGAUAAACUGGAAUUUCAAAGCUCUUUUGCGACUACUUCUCGAGCACCUUCUCCAAUGACUUCUCCGGUCGCUUCUCAAGUGAAAUCAUCGCCAGUACCAUCCAACAACACAGUUUUGGGCUACAUUAAAAAUGUUAGUCCGAUCAUGAUUAACGCAAAGAAGUCUGAAUAUUUUACAUUCAAUAUUCAAGAAAAAUGCAAGACGACUAAGGCGCUGUGCUUCUCACCCAAGAAACAUAAGAUGAACGUAGAAAGAAAAGCAGAAUCUGGUACUCCCUGCAAAGUCACUAAGUAUGCGCCACACGCACAAGAAGAAAAUGUCAUAUGGAUUAACGCUUGUACAAGGAUUGACGAUGCUCAAGAAACCACCGUUCAUUUUGCACCAAAUGAUGCUCCAAUCGAUCCACAAGUGUGCUCAACAACUAACAUCGACAAUAUCAAGCCACAUCAAUCCAUUACUAUUCGAGGCUAUCUAAUGUUUGGAGAUGCUCAAACCGAAGAAAUAAAACUCAAUCUUGUAAAGAAAGAUGGCUACUUGAUUGACGAAAACGGUUAAAUAAGAAUUACAUUGUUUAACGAGCACAUCCACCAAGCAUCUGAAGAAUGCUAUUAUGAAAUCAAAGAUAUCCAUGUUAGAAAGUAUCUAUCUUGUGCAAAAACUACAACUUUCACGGUCCUCACAGACAACGUCCCAACGGUAAGCGACGAAGCAAAGAAACAAGUCGAGAGUGAGCUAACUAACGUUGAUGUUCCAUGCCAAAACAUCUUGAACAUUGAGAUGGACAUAUUUUACUCUUGUUUGUCAUGUACAAGGAAAGUCCCAUUUCAACCAGGCUCCAACAUGCUCAGAUGUACCCACUGCCAAUCGAGGUUCCUCGUCAAAAAUAGCACAAAGAAUUUCAAUGCGCGAAUUCAACUGCAAGUAGACGCCGAACAGACCAAAUGGUAUUCGUUAUUCACACCGUCACUACAGCAAAUCGUAGAAAGCUAUAACCGUGAGAAAGUU